AUGCCGUCUGCAGCAUUUCAAGUCGAGUACACGGGUCGGGUGGCCAUUGUCACCAUAACGAAUGAGAAGAAGCUCAAUGCUCUCAGCGGCCCGCAAUACUUUGAGUUGUCUCAGAUUCUACGGGAGAUUGCUACGCACGACGAGGUCUACAUAACAUUCUUGACGGCCAAGGGCCGGUACUUUUCAGCCGGCGCCGACGUCUCCUUUGGCAAGAGCGUGCCAGCAGACUCGGACCCGUACUUUGAGUGGCUGCGCUCCUUUGUCGCCAACAACCUCAACGCGACGCAGGCCUUUUACACGCACCCCAAGAUCCUGGUCGUGGGGCUCAACGGGCCCGUCAUUGGGCUGUCGGCCGCCCUGGCCGCGCACGCCGACUUUAUCUACGCGGCGCCGCACGCCUUUCUGCUCACGCCCUUUUCGUCCCUGGGCCUCGUGGCCGAGGGCGGCGCCUCGCGCGCCCUCGUCCGCCGCCUCGGCCCCAGCAAGGCCAAUGAGGCCCUCAUCAUGAGCCGCCGCAUCCCCAGCGACGAGCUGCUCCAGACGGGCUUUGUCAACAAGAUCUUUGACGUGGAAAAGGGCGACGACGCAAAGUUCCGCCAGCUCGUCCUCCAGGAGAUUGAUGAUAAGCUCGGCGAGCACUUGAUUGGCGACAGCUUGACGGGCAUCAAGGCCUUGAUUCGGCAGCCGGAAAAGGACAUUUUGGAUAUUCAAAACACGAGCGAAGUGUUUGCCGGUUUGGGAAGAUUCAUGAGUGGUGUUCCUCAGGCCGAGUUUGCCAAGAUUGCCAGUGGCCAAAAGCGACACAAGUUAUAA